GCUCUAAACUCCCAUUUUCCCAUCCUUUUAUUUAUUAGAGAAAGGAAAAAAAACAAAAGAUUAUGUUCAUGCUUUGAGAGGAAGGAAGAGAAAGGAGAGAGAUGUGUUAAUGGUUGAUCGAGUUUUUGAUUCUUCCUCCACAAGACUAAGAAGAAGAAAAGAAAACAACCCCAUGGCUGUUUCUCCUUGUUUGAGUGGUAAUGAUCAAAAGAAACGCUGGUGGCUUACAAAUAGAAAGGUUGUUGAUAAGCACAUUAAGGAUGCGAGGAGUCUCAUCGCGACGCAAGACCAAAACGAGAUCGUUUCAGCUCUGAAUCUCCUCGAUGCGGCAUUGGCUCUCUCGCCUCGUUUCGAGAUCGCCCUUGAACUCAAAGCGAGAUCUUUGCUGCAUCUGAGGCGUUUCAGAGAAGUAGCUGACAUGCUUCAAGAUUACAUCCCGAGUCUCAAGAUGUCCAGCGACGACUCUGGAUCGGUUUCAUCGGAUAACUCGUCUCAGCGAGUCAAGCUUCUCCCUUCCGAUAACUCCUCCUCCGACUCACCCGGUCGUGACCCAUCUUUCAAAUGUUUCUCUAUAUCGGAAUUGAAGAAGAAAGUCAUGGCUGGAUUGUGGAAGAACUGCGAGAAGGAAGGCCAAUGGAGGUACUUGGUUCUGGGUCAAGCAUGUUGUCACCUAGGCCUAAUGGAGGACGCCAUGGUUCUCCUUCAAACCGGUAAGCGCCUUGCUUCCGCUGCAUUCCGCCGAAAGAGCGUUUCCUUAUCCGAAGACAGCUUCUCCCUUCCCAACACCAUCACCGCAUCCGACAUCUCCACCGCUGCCACAACGCCUCCUUCCACGACACCACGGAAUCUAACCCCUUUCUCCGAAUCCGAAAACAUUUCCCAGCUUCUAUCCCAUAUCAAAUUCCUCAUCCGCCGUCGAACUGCCGCCAUUGCUGCAUUAGACGCGGGCUUAUACUCGGAAGCCAUCCGCUAUUUUUCGAAAAUCGUCGACGGUCGUCGCCCUUCCCCUCAGGGAUUUCUCGCUGAGUGCUAUAUGCAAAGAUCCUCCGCUUACAAGGCAUCGGGACGUAUAGCCGAGUCAAUCUCGGAUUGCAACAAAACUCUUGCUCUGGAUCCAACUUGCAUCCAAGCUCUCGACACCAGGGCCUCACUUUUCGAAACGAUACGAUGUUUACCGGACUGUUUACAUGAUCUGGAACACUUGAAACUGCUUUACAAUACCAUUUUGCGAGAUAGGAAGCUUCCAGGCCCUGUCUGGAAGCGUCACUAUGUACGGUACCGGGAGAUUCCCGGUAAACUCUGUGCAUUAACAACUAAAAUUCAACAAUUGAAGCAAAGGGUUGCUUCUGGAGAGACCGGAAACGUUGAUUACUAUGCAUUGAUUGGUUUAAGGCGAGGGUGUUCAAGGUCUGAAUUAGGUAGAGCUCAUUUGUUACUAUGUUUAAGGCACAAACCGGAUAAAGCUACCAACUUUAUCGAACGAUGCGAGUUCACUGAUGAGCGUGAUCUCGACUCGGUUAAAGACCGAGCCAAGAUGUCAGCAUUGCUUCUUUACCGGCUGCUUCAAAAGGGUUAUUCCAGCGUGAUGGCUACUAUUAUCGAUGAAGAAGCGGCCGUGAAACAAAAGAAGAAAGCCGCGGCUGCUUUACAAGCAGCACAGGCAGCACUUCAAGUGCAGCAAACCCAAUACUCCAUCACUAAUCCGGAACCUGAAACCAGCCCUGCUUCGACAACGAAUGCAUCAAACGCUUCUAGCUGCAAAACCAGUGUUAAAUCCAGUGAAAACAAAGCCACAACAAAUGUGUUUCAAGGUGUAUUUUGCAGGGAUCUAUCCGCUGUUGGGAACUUGCUAUCGCAAGUUGGGUUUAAUCGACCACUUCCAGUGAAAUACGAGGCAUUAAGCUGCUAAUUUAGCCAUUGGGAAUCGAUUAUGAACCAAGUUUUCUUGAGUUAUUUUUACCGGAGUGGAAUCUCUGCUUCAUUCUUCCUAUUUGUACAAAACGUGAUUAAUUUGUCUGCUGGGAAAUUUUGUCACCCUAUUUCUUUCAUGUUAUCCACUACCCUUCCCCUAUAUAUUACUUCUGAUUAUUUAAAUUU